AAUGCUGAUAAAUUGAUCGGCGCGUUCGAAAAGUGACUAAGAAGUGUCAAACAAAUGCGAUCCCAAUCAUAAUUAAUGAUGUGCUAAGAGAAUUUACAUAUUUGGGGGCUGACAAAUUUCUGAAAGCUGCUGGUGCGAGUGGCUAUAAAAAGCCAAAGUCAAUCAACGUAUAAAGUGAUUAGCCUGAAGUGGAGAGCCUACGAUACGGUCUUCUCAUUCCGAAAAGCUACAUCAUCGAAUAAAGUAGAUUCGAAAAAUUUCUUCGUCGGCGGUCGCCAUUUCUGCAUACUAAUUAUACCUACACAGCUCUACUUCUGUACGAUUUGAAGGAACAGUGCUUGGUGUAGAGGCAAGAAACCCGGUGUAAAAUCCCCGUAAAAAGAAACCCAUGUGUCCGAAUGAGAGGAAAGAAUAAAAUUUAAAAAAAAAACCAACGAAGAAGGUGUGAAUCGAAAUUCCUGCCCUCCCGCGAGUGCCAUCAAAGCCAUCUACCGGAGAGAGCGCGCGCGAGGAACCUACACCUUGGAGGACCGAACCAGGCAGGCACCAAUCUUAAUCUAUUUUAUGAUUCCAUCCGUGUUCGAACAGCCCGAGGAAUAAUUUUUCAAUUUCUCUCUAAUGAAUUAAGCAAGAGGAACGGGAGAACGGGAAAGGAAAACUUAAAAACCGAGAAACAAGGCACGCGCUCAGGGGCAGCAAGAUUCCCCGCCGGGAUCGGAAUCGGGAUCUCGGAAUGAUUGCUCGAGUUGAGCUUUCGAUGAAGAACGAACGCAUCGCCCAAACCAGAUAAAUAAAAACAGCGGCCGGUUGCUCAAAAUCGAAGGCAAAGCCAAAGCAGGGAGGUUGAGAAUACGCGGUCGAUUUUGCGUCUUCUCCCAGUAACGUACAUACCUUCCUUCCUUCAAAAAAGAAACUCCCAAUGAUGAUAAUGUUGAUGGCCAAUAACCUCUUCUCGGAGAUUCUCCAGAUGAUGCUGCCGCACCUCGGCGGCCCGGCGGUUUCGCCUUCUCAUUCCAGUUUUGGACGUCCUCACAGCUCCGCCGGCCGGUCGGCCGCCCAGAUUUUGCGAAGGUUCCUUAAAAGAUUUCCGAGCGUUCGUCGGUCGUCGUUGUGAGCGCGGCCCUGCCUAGCCCAUUCCAAUCGCGGGUCCAUCAAGUCCAUCCAUCCAUCUCUGUAUGCUCCCAUUUAUGCUGAUCAACCGGUUCCUUUUUGAAUCUCACGUCGUUUUCUGGCGGCCAGCAAUCCGACCGACCAACCGACCUGUGUCCAUAAAGCACCCGAUAAUCACGAUCGACGUGAUCUUCAAAGUUUGAUGAGCACAAUUCAACGAACCACUCGAUAAAACAGGAAUCGAAGAAAAAACGAAGCUAAAGGAGCGCAAGGAACACCAAAACAGUGAUUGACCCAGAACCCGAGAAUCAAUCAAAUUAAUUACCGCUCCACCUACUACUACGGGCUUUUGCCCGGCCAUCAUCACAUCUCUCCUGGAAAGAGUGUCGGAAAGUCAGGGGAAAGGUCCCCAUAAUUAGGUGGGAGUGUCUGCCGUCCGUGGCUGCUUUCAACACCGUUGCCCUGAUGAAGAGCCUAUCAGCACCGCCUGUUGGUCGUCAAAUCAACGAACGUUGCCGCCACGGCAGCCGGAGAUCUCGAACGAGCAGAGCAAAUAAUCCCGCGUCAUGAAGCGACAGCCCAUCAAAAUCGGCAGUAGUAGUGAUCCUCAGCAGAACAGCUUCAGUCACGAUCAGCAUCAUUUUGCCAGUCCUAAGAGGAGUCGUGUUCAGUGUAUGAGGUUGAUGAUGAAUAGCUGAAGGGAUCUAUGCUUCAACGAAGAGAAUCAGGCACCGUGGAUCUGUGAUUAGCAACAAAUUUCAACACCUCGCGCGAUUCCCCUUAAACUAAAAUAAAAAGGGAAACGAUAUUUUAUGCUAGUGAUUAAAAGUUCUUAAGUAGUAUUUUUCGAAACAAAAACAACAAAAAUGUCGCAACUAAACUAUGUCAGCAAAUAUGCGGGCGAAUUUUGCAAAUUGAUUGUGGAAGGAGACCUCGGCAAAAUUAAGUCUAAAUUUAAAGAUUUUGUACUGGACUAUCAAACGCCGGAUGAUCUCAACACUCCGCUGCAUCUGUCGAUAAUCUCGCAACAAAAUCGUAAUGAAAUCAUCCAGUUUCUGAUCGAGGCGGGUGCGGAUUGUGACCUGCGGAAUUCUAUGAACCUGACCGCUUCCGAAUUGGCGAUCAAUCUCAACUUCCUAGAUGUGACGAAGUUCAUGCUGGCGAUAGAGUUCCGGAAUCUGUCGGACUACCGGUGUUUCUAUCGACUGAUUCGUCGAGGAUCGGUCCCUUUGCUGCAGUUGUUCCUGGAACUAAAAAGUUUCGACGUUCAUCAGCAGAUCCACUUUCUGUCCAGCGUGUGGCACGAGCUGUACGUCAAAAAUGUCCAAAUCUCCAAGAACAUGGAAAACUUCCUGGAAUACCAACUGCUCAACUACAGCUAUGCAUAUCAUCAUCCACCGAGUCAAAAGCCAGAUCGGUUAAAGUUCGAAAAGGAGCACGAAAAUCGAAUCGAUCUGAUCGUGGAGUACACCCAGUACCUCAAAACCCACUACGCCAAUGACAAUCUCAACGACUUCGACGACAAGUUUCUGUUGGCGGUCAAGAUCGUCUACGACAACCUGUUUUUCAUCAAGGACAAACACGAAUUCGCCCAUCUGCCAAUGCUGGAAAUGGAACGAUGCCUCGCAAUUUUCCUGGCCAUCUUUAAGAAGAGUCCCGAUUACGAGAUCUUUAAGCUGAUCAUCAACAAAAACUUGAUACUGGUCUUCCUAACUUCCCUAUGCGAAGAACUGAACAAAAUUAAGAAUGAGCUUUUGGAUCGAGAAAACCGCACCCAGCAGAAAUGGACCAACGAUCUCUUCCUACAUCUAAUCAACUGUAUCCGCGACGCCACUCCAGCAAAGUCAACGAAAGCCAUCAACGCAUUAUGGAAAAAGAAAUGCCCGCUGAAGAAAAAACUGAUCUACUACAUCAAAGCCCGGCUCAAGGCUAACACCGAACUGAACUCCAUUCAGGUGCGCUUGAUCAAUAACCUUGGCAAAAACGAACUGGAGAUCAUUCGCAACGAGAUGAAAACUAAUGAAUUCCUGAACCUAACACGCACAAUCUCACGUAAAAAUUACGUCGUUUUCAAACGGCUUAGGAAAAUCGCCGAUCACCUCGCCCAACUUUACUCGAUCAAGAAAAUACUUCGAUACCUGGACGGCAUCUCUCGGAUACAGUUGCCCCAGUACCAGAUAUCGGGAGUCCUAGCAAUCAAGCGCACCCUGCAAGUGCUGUCGGACACUGCCAGCAACACCAGCUACUGUCCCCGUAUUCGCCGCAAGCUGGACUACGUCAUCAACAAAAUCCUUCCACUCAACUUGGACAUUGAGCUAAAAGACUAUUACACGCCAAAUGUCACCCUGUACAAACUGUGCUCCGACAAAAUGGAGAACCGGCUGAUGCCGUUCGCUGAAGUGCAAUGUAGUCUAAAGUCGGUGAGGCGUUAUUUUUCCUACAUCUUCGACCUCAAGAUCCUGGAGACGUACAAAUGUUACCUGGGCAAUGUAUACCAGCUAAAAGAUCGAACCCAGGUCAAAACCUAUAACCAAUACGUCGGAGAAGCCAAUCGGCUGUACUUCGAGAAUCACACUCUCGACGAUUUGCACUUCGAGUUGGAAGACUGUAUACGAGUGGUCGAAGACCUGCAGGAAACAUUCAACCAACAACACGACGAUAAGAUCAGUGAUCUGUUACGCUGCAUUCACAAACCCUUAGCUCAUCGGUACGAAAGCCUCUUCAAAGAAGGCAAAGAACAGCUCUCAUCGCUAAGUCACAACUUCAACACAGCAAUGCUGCUCGGGAACGCUAAUCAAGACAUCGCCAAAAUCAAAAGAAUCGUGCAAUCUUUCCUGCGAGAAAAGUACCCCAAAUACGACAUCAGCUGCGAUAACCAUCUGGUAUCCGUGAACUUCGUUCUCCAAGAGAUGCUACACAUCUUCACCAAUUAUCUCUAUCAGUACCAAAUGGAUGAGCGAGCGACGAAAAACUUCCUCACCAUGAUCUACCUGCUGAACGCGGAAAAAUCCUUUGCAAUCGAUCAUUUCCUACCGCAGCAAGGCAAAAUCUACGACAGUCUGAUACACCAAAACUACACCAACGAAAUUCUGAAGAAGUUCCAGCUACAAAACCUUAGCUCCAUCGAAUUUGCCGUCCUGCACGAACAACUGGCCGUCAACUACUACGACAAUUGCUUCAACAUCGACAAAAAGUACGCGGUCAUGACUAUGUUCAUGAAAACCACCAAUCGACAGAUCAACGACGCCAUUAUGAAGCGUAACAAGCGGAUGGAUCGCGACGAGUUUCAAUCGUUUUUGGAAAGCAAAAUGAAGCUGAUUGGACAAUUUUUACCUUGUAGCGACUUUAACGAGGUGACGCAGUUCGUCAACGAAGCGGCUCCACAUGUGGAGUUUGCUUUGGAGUUCUGUCUUCUGGAAGUUUGCGAAAUCCUAACGGACUUGAACGUCUUUCAAGAUAACGCUUACGUCUUGAAGCUCCAAUCGUCAAUAAUAAGUGGGAGAAACCUCCGAGAAUACCUUCUUCACGAUUCGCUUACUUACGACAUGCUUACCCUCACCCACAGCACCAAGGUGAAGGUGUUCCUCAACUCGCUCAUCUUCAAAGGUAACGACUUCAAGCUGUACCAACCGCCGAACAAUCUCAAAGUGAAUGUCAGCGACCUUGCGACGCUGAACGAAAACCUGAUCAACAGCUACAAAAUGAAGUGGAGCUGGGUCGAGCAGCAGGAGCGACUGUUCAAAUCGGUGGAGAACAUAGAUUUGAAGCUGCUGCAGGCGUUAACUCCGGACUACGCAGACAUUCGGGGAAUGCGGCUGGGAGUGCUUCAGGACGAGGCACCGAUAGCCGAGUAUGAAAUCAUCGAUUAUACGAUCAAGAAUAAUUUGAAGACGAUGAUUGAUUUUUUGGCUGAGGAUUUGCAAACGAUUUCGUUUGAGAAGCAGCAGUUCUUCCAGUACCUGUUGGUGCGAAGUUUUGGGUCAAUAUUUGUGGACGCUAAUGUGAGUCUAACGGGUCAGUACGAACGACAGGCGACGAUUCUGUACAUGGCGCUGUACUUCCGAGCUUAUGAAAUAUUUCUGGAGAACGUUAAGAAGUUUGAGUUGAGCAUAAAUUUGUCCAAGAUUGCCAAGUACAUCAAUCACGAAUUUAUCGAUAAGAUUUCUAAGCAAAUGAAGGAUAUUGGAUGGAAUUGUUUGGAUGAAAGUGGUACGACGGUGUUGGAUCACUGUAUUCAGAAAGGGGACGUACAAGCGGUGAGGAAGUUGAUAAAGCUGAACGUGGACGUCAAUCAGUGCAAUGCGGAUAGUAAUACGGCGCUGCAUCGAGCUUGCAGCUUGGGGUUGAACGACAUUGUCCGGUUGUUGAAGAAACAGAACGCACAGAUAAAUGCGGGUAACGAGCAGGACUAUCUACCCGUUUGCUAUGCGAUACGGUAUCAUGAAAACGAGCUUAUUCCGAUGCUGAUUGGUGAGGACGUUGAAGCGGAAGCAGAAAAGGGCAGUUUACUGGCUAGGUCAAUAAAAUACGGGAAUUUGGAGGCCGUUAAGUUCUUACUGGAAGUUCGACAGGUCAGCCCAUCGAUUGCGGUUGAUAGUGAAAACAACACGCUAAUUCAUUUGUGUGCAAAGUAUGAUCAAGCAAGUAUAUUGCAGUAUUUGAUCAGCAAUCAUGCUAAGUAUGUUCAAGAGAAAUUGAAUCGGCAGAACUGCCAAUUAAAGACAGCCUUGCACAUAGCAGUAGGAGCUGAUCAUUACCGAGUAAUCGAUCUACUGUUGCACCAAAAACCGUUCAUCUCGGUAGUCGAUCAAUGUGGAUUGAACGCAGUCGAGUGGGCAAUCGAGAAAAAUAGCAUCAAAACCCUUAAGCUGUUCGUAAAACAUAACUUCUGCUUGCAGAAAAGUUCUUUGAGACAACUUCCGCUGACCGUAGCCGUUGAAAAGCGCAAUCUCCGAAUGUUGAAGAUGUUGAGCAAACUUGGGUUCAAUGUGACGUCCGAACGACUCUGUUUGAUCAAGGCUGUUUAUGCGCAAUCGGUCGAGCUGGUUAAGUACUUGAUCGAGACAAACCGGCAGUGUUUGCUGUUUAAAGAUCCGUACGACAGUACUGCACUUCAUGUAGCAAUCGCCAUUGGAUGCAACGAAAUCGCAGCGUUUUUGAUAGAAAGUGGAUCGGAAAUCAAUGCCGUUACCAAAUUUGGAGAUACUCCACUACACGUGGCAGCAAAACACAGCAACAUUAUAGCCGCUAGGAUGCUGAUCCUCAAAUACGCUACUAUUGAUGAGCGAAAUUCCUCUGGUUUGACACCCUUAAUUCAAGCGAUGUAUUCGAGAAACCUAGACAUUAUGAAGCUAUUCAUAGGAGCGGGGGCAAGCAUCGACCUUUUGAAGAUCCAUCUAGCAGAAAUCGAACAGAUGUCGAAAAUUCCAACCAUCCACAUGUUCGCCGACAACUACGCCAUGCUAGAGUUCAUGAUCGUUCAGUUACAGUACGAUCCGAACGUUCGGGACGGGCGAAAUCAGCAAAGUUUACUGCACAAGGCGUGUUUUAGCAACAAUCUACAGAUCGUGCAGUUCCUGGUCGAUUGGUGCCGAGUUCAGACCGAACAGCAGGACUCUAACGGACGUACUCCGCUGUCCAUCGCGAAUGAGUGUAAAAACUUCGACGUGGCUGAAUUUUUGCGCAGUAAGAAGCGGAAAAAAUCUCAGAUAACACCGCAACGAUACUUUGAUCCCGCAGCCGGGAUGAUGUGAGACCUCGUCGAAGAAGACCAUUUCUUGACUGUUUCGCCGAACUAGUUGAACAUUUUCGUAGCACAAUUUUGACAAAAGCAAUGGAUAGUUGAUUUUAUUCGGCACUAUGUGCUCGAAAUUCUUUAGGGUGAAAGCUCAAAUGUUUACGAAAGUGUUCAACGCAGGCCCAACGGUUGUGUAGGUCAACUUGAUCCUGAACAACUAGACCUCUCCUACGGAAGCAAACAGAUUCUGACCUAAAGUUCCUCAAAACCGUAAAUCUUUUGCAAUGCGUUGAAAGAUACCGGACAGGGAAGAUUUUUUUAUAAUCUUCUGAACACUUUUUCUUAAAUUGACUUUAUACAUCACAGGUUUACAGCUGCCUUUCAAUACGGAUUGUAAAAGUUUUACCCGCAAAUAUCUAAGAAACUGUUUGGAUCCAAUUGUAGAGGACAUGUUCUCUGUGAUCUUUCCUGGGUCCGGGUGUGUCAUCGAUGGCGAACCUCCGUUCUAGUCAGUGUGCAAAAUCUCUGUAGGAGGUGUCCAAUAGUGUGGUGCCAUGUUUGCUGGAUAUCUGCAGGUUGUUAAUGUACAUUCAAAAAUCAAACACCAGUGAAAUUAAUCUAAGCCAGAUUUAUGAAAGUUCCCAACUCAUAACUACUCGCUCUAGUUUGAAAAUAAAAAAAUGAUAAGGUCUUAAGAAGUAGUAUCGAUUAAAACAGUAUAAAUCUACGUACAUCUCGUAAAAGUGUCUAGUUUUUUUUCUUAGGACGUAGGCUUCAUCAUUGAACAUAAUUUGUAAUCGUGAUUUACUGUGUAAAGUGUGUGUGAUUUAGCGCAAUCCAUGGGAUAACAGUAUCAAUGCUGAAACAAUGGAAGUUUUGCGUUUCUCUAGAGAACCGAGCAGUUAUUUUAUUUCAUUUAAUAACCUGUAAAAGAAUUUACAAAUAAGCAUAAAAUUUUCGUGUAGUAUAAAAACUAAGAAAAGAUGAAAACUAUAAACCUAGACUUAGUUGUAUGUUUAACUAUAUAGAUCAACAUUUCAUCGUACCUUUAAGUAACGAAACCUCGCAUAUAUUUUCGUUCCGCUCAAAGCGCGUUAACUUUGGGUUCGUUUAGAAAGGGUUGUCCUUAAUCUGAAGGUAGACUCAAAUAAAUAAAUAAAAAACGCAAACCUCGCACAUUCCAAACUUUAAGGAAAACCAACUAAUUUAGCGUAUAAUCUCUGAUGAAGGACCUCACCAAACGAGCCGAAACGUUGAAAGCAGAAAAGCAGUGAACGAAAACAAAAACUAAAACAUAUAAAUUAUUUAUUAGGUAGACACUUGUUAUGCAUGCACCAAAUUUAAUAUAAUAUAUUAAAUUCCAAUGCAUUACAGGAUCGAUUUAAUGUGAAAAAAUAACUUACUAACUAUCAGCAAUCAAACAGAUGAUCAAAAAACAAUCAAUCAAUCAAAAUUGGAUUCGAGGUAUUCGGGAGAAUCGGUGACGAAAAAUGUUUUUGCAUUGCCAACCAUCGGAUCGUAUAUAGAUCGUAAAAAUUGCAUAAGUAAAGGCGCUAUAUUCGCGAUCGAAGAUAAGUUGACGUUCACAGUCUGUCAAUCUCUUGGACUUUUGCAAUUCCUAGAAUCAGUAUACGAACCUAAUGUUAGCUAGGCUCCGUACCGAUUUUUGAUUCCCGAGUUCAGUCGGCUUACAGUUAUGGAAAAAAGAUCCAUCCCUCAACCACAUUACGAAAAAAAUAAAUCAAACAAGAAUGUCAAAAAACACAGACUGAGAGAAGAAAUCACACGAGAAAAACAAAAUUUUGUGGAAUCUCCUGAGGUCCUGAGCACAAAAAAUGCUAAAAACAACGAGCGAAUACCACUCACGCCAAACAUUAAGCUAUUGGUAAUUUUUCUACCACGCGCUUGUCUAUAGAAAAAAAAGUCAGUCAUGCAGGUGUCUCUGUUUAAUGUCUAACGUUAAAAACAGAUAAAGAGAAUAUAUUUGAAAAAAAAAUAACGAAAAAAAGUUAGAUACAACAAAAAAAAAAAUUAACAUAAAGACAAUUAAUGUUGGUGAAUGAGUCGAUCGAAUAAUAAAAAUUGGCCUCUGAUAUCGCUGCCGUUUGGAAAAUUUUUGCGGUUCACACAAAAAAGCUCUCGAUUCGUUCAAUGAAGUAGAACGACACUGCCUUAUGAACGCAUCGAAGGGCUCAACUCUUUUAUUUGUUGUACAAAUGAUGAAGUUUACCAACCAAGCUUCGAUACGUUUUGUUUUAUAGUAUUUUAGAUAAGAAUCCCGACCGCAAUAGAAAAAAAUCCACCGGCGGCGAUAUUCUAGAAAGUCAGCCCAAAAAAAAAGAAGCAAAAGCACACAUUAUACAUUCCAAACUUCGACCAUAUUGCAUUGUGUGGUGAUCGAUUAAGUCGUUUCCAAAACUAAGUAAAAACCUACAUUCCUAUGAACAGAUAGUCUUUUAAAACCAAUCUGAUACCUUCUAUAUUUUAGAAUUUUGUACUUGCAAAAAUAAAUAAAUACAAAAAAACAACCUACAACAGUGUUCCUCGCUCGCCAGAAAUGUAUACGUUCUAUCAAGAAAAAAAAAACCCGCAAUCGAUUACCUACCAGAAGAACUAUAAGUAUUUUAACUUUUCAACAAACACACAUCCAUAAGAAUUUAUUUUGCAAUAAAAACCCGUAACUAGGUCUUUUUGUUGAAUAAAAUUAAUCGAA